AGGCGCAUCUCCACCUUUAAACACCUGCCACGUGACCGCAGGAACGGAAGCAUGUUAAUGAAUGAGCUGGUGAAAUGUGAACUUCUGACUGGCAGGCUGUUUGAAAGGGAGAGAGAGAGAGAGUGCUGUUCCCACGCGGGGUCGGUAGAGAGCAGCAAGCCCUCCCCUGUCAUCCUGCCUCAUGUGAUGCGGAUCUGUCACAGUGGUCGGCAGGGACUGGCAGACCAGUGCCUCUCCUGGGAUUGUUGUUCACUUGACAACAUGUCUCUGUACCGAAAUGCCAUCUGGUUUUUGAAUGGGAUCCACCAGUACACAAGGAAGGGAUAUGUGGCGGCGUCUAAAGACUUUGAGCCCCAGGACCUGGACGUGUCCGUUGUGGGAAGGUCUUUCAUGAUCACCGGAGCCAACAGUGGAAUUGGCAGAGCAACGGCAAUGGCUAUAGCCAAGAAAGGCGGGACGGUCCACAUGGUGUGUAGGAACAAAGACAAAGCGGAGGAGGCCAGAGCCGACAUCGUCAAUGUGUCGGGCAACACGGAGGUGUACGUCCACAUCGUGGACUUGUCCCAGACGCGCAAAGUCUGGGAGUUUGCAGAGGCCUUCAAGAAGCAGUAUCCGUCACUCAACGUGUUGAUAAACAACGCAGGCUGCAUGGUGCACAAGAGAGAGCUGAACGCAGAAAAGCUGGAGAAGAACUUUGCCACCAACACCAUGGGAGUGUACAUCCUCACCCAGUCUCUCAUGCCCCUCAUACAGAAGAGCCGGGAUCCGAGAGUGAUUACUGUGUCCUCGGGAGGCAUGCUGGUUCAGAAACUCAGAGUUGAUGACCUGCAGUCAGAGAAGGGCCUCUUUGAUGGGCUCAUGGUGUACGCGCAGAACAAGAGACAGCAGGUGGUGCUGACACAACAGUGGGCCAAAGUAAACCCUGUCAUUCACUUCUCUGUCAUGCACCCUGGCUGGGUGGAUACACCAGCUGUGUCUACAUCAAUGCCUCAUUUCCACCAGAUGAUGGGGGACAGGCUGCGCAGCGUAGAACAGGGAGCCGACACCGUGGUGUGGUUGGCCUUGUCCAGAGCCGCAGCCAGAACACGCAGCGGCCAGUUCUUUCAAGACCGUAAGGCUGUUCCUGCCCACCUCCCUCUGGCUUGGACUCGCAGCUCUACUGCAGAGAUUCAGAGUUUCAUGACUCAGCUGGAGGCUCUGGCCAGAGAGGUUCAGUCCCAGCCUGACGCAGACCUGAACAGCCCAGUGGGUCCUUCGAGAGCCGAGUUUGUCUAGAUCCCGUCUGGUACGCCACGAAUCACUGGCGCAUCCUACUGGAAAGCAUGACCCUUUUAUCACAUCUUGUCUUAUGCACAUCGAAACUAUGCAUUAUUUUACAAUUAUAUGUUUAGGUCAUUACUUAUGUGUCAACGGGACAGUUUAUUCUGAAAAAGUCACGAACCAUUGAUUAAAGAACCAGAAACUGA